CUGAUUGUACUAAAAUUCUUGACAUGCUGUUACCACUUCUCCAUCAUACAUAACAAUUCAAAUUUUUUUUUACCUCAAUUUUUAACUCAAGAUAAUACAACUUUUGGGAACUCUUGAUACUGCAAUCAGGAUGACAGUGAAAACGAUCAUUGGUCAGGACAAUGAGGCAUUCGAUCCGGAGCCAGAGGGCAGUAUAUCCUCAUCAUCGGAGACGAAUGGACCCCAAGGAAAAUCGAAGGCUAGAGGAUGGAACAACAGUAUCGAAUUUCUCAUGUCCUGCGUGGCCCUGUCCGUCGGUUUUGGAAAUGUCUGGAGAUUCCCAUUCACAUGUUAUGAGAACGGUGGCGGUGCAUUCCUCAUUCCGUACAUUAUUCUGCUGAUAUUAGUGGGCAAACCGUUUUACUACAUGGAGAUGAUACUCGGACAGUUCACGGGGCGGAGCUCCACCAAAGUCUGGUCAUUCUGUCCGGUAUUCACAGGUGUUGGAUGGGCUCAGAUGGCUUCGAUAGCAGCACUAGCCACAUACUACUGUUCCCUAAUGGCUCUGACACUUUAUUACCUAGUAGCGUCAUUCUCAUCGCAGUUACCUUGGGCAGAGUGUAGAGAAGAAUGGGGGGAUUAUUGCGUUAAUUCAGGAAAAACUCGGGAUAAUGUUGUUGAAGGGGUCGCAAUGAACACAAGCCACAUAAUCAAAAAUACCGCUUUAAUGAGGAGUUCGGCGGAAUUAUAUUUCUCAAAAAUAGUCCUGAAGGAGAAGGCGAACAUUGAUGAUGGCAUUGGCCUGCCUGACUGGAAGCUCGCCCUUUGUCUCGCUGGGAGCUGGAUCUGCGUCUAUGGGGUACUAUCACGAGGAAUCAGGAGCACGGGGAAAGCAUCGUACUUCCUCGCUAUUUUUCCUUACGUCGUUCUGAUCGCCUUGGUGAUCAGGGCUGUCACGCUGGACGGGGCGGUUAAUGGAAUAAUUUUCUUCAUAAAUCCGAACUGGUCGAAACUGCUGGAGCCAGGUGUCUGGUAUGCCGCUAUUACCCAGUGCUUCUUCUCACUUUCGGUCUGCUUCGGCGCAAUCAUCACGUUCUCUUCGCAUAAUAACUUCAGGCACAAUAUCUACAGAGAUGUCAUAAUAAUCACGAGUUUGGAUACCGUCACGAGUCUGAUAGCUGGCUGCACUAUAUUUGGAAUCCUUGGUAAUUUAGCUAAGGAGAUGGGGACCGACGAUAUUUCGACUGUCGUUCGAAGUGGCACUGGUUUAGCCUUCAUCUCGUAUCCCGAUGCCAUUGCCAAAUUUUCCUUUGUUCCGCAAAUCUUUUCGGUUCUCUUCUUCAUGAUGAUGUUCGUUCUUGGUGUUGGCAGUGCAUCGGGCAUCGCUGGAAGUGUGAUAGCAGCAAUAACCGGGGAAUUCCCGAAUAUUAAACACUGGCAAGUUCUGUAUCCAACUUGCUUCAUUGGAUUUCUCUUUGGACUCCUGUAUGUUACUCCAGGAGGCCAAUUCAUCCUGGUUUUGGUGGAUCGUUAUGGAACAUCAUUCGUCGUGUUCAUAUUAGCCUCCUUCGAGAUAACUGGAAUCAUGUGGUUUUACGGGAUUGAAAACUUCUUGGAGGACGUCGAGUUCAUGAUCAAGAGGGAGCCCAGUGUCUACUGGAGACUCUGCUGGUUCAUCAUAACUCCCGUCACCCUCAUCAUAAUAUUCAUUUACACAGUCUCGACAUUGCCACCUUUGACUUAUGGCAAUGCGACCUAUCCGAAAUAUGCUCACAUUGCUGGGGCAAUUCUCCUGGCCUUCGGAAUCUCCCAGAUCCCCAUCUGGGGAGUCGCUGCCAUGAUCAAGCGGAGAAGUACAUCGCCCGGAAAGAUGAUCAAGAGUGCGUUCAGCUCAUCAAGGGAGUGGGGCCCACUCAAGCCAGAGGACAGACAAGAGUGGUUGCUCUUCAAAGAGGAGAAAUUGAAAAUGAGGAAUCUCAGGACGAGCCCUCGGUGGAGGCAAAUUAUCGAUGUGAUUUUUUCAAUCAAGAGAGAUUCAUAAGUCCAAGAAAUCGGUUGUAAAUAAUUAUUGAAUAGUUGUAGUUACGAGGACGCACCUGAGCUAAAAACACUGCCAUAGGCAAGAUAAUUAAGGAUUCGUAGAAAAGAUAUUAGUAAUUAAGAAAAAUAGUAAGAAAUUGAACUACGAAUUCUUGAAUGUUGGUGAGAAAUAUCUGGGAAAGUAGUAGGUUUAGGGAGAAUUGGUGAAAAUGUCGAGAUAAAUGUGAAAUAAUGUUGUGUCAUGUCAUUACAUUUAAAUAGCAA